AAAGGAAUUUCACUCCUAAACCGAUUUAAUUUACCACAGAUGUAAUAGACUACACGACUUCCGACCAUUUCCCAGAGCCGCGGAGUUUAGUGUUUCUGAAUAGGCUUUUUGCCCCCCUACCUUUUAGGCAGCCGUUGGUUUCAAAGUUACGUUAAAACUGCGUUAUCCCGAAACGAUGACGUAGUCUGACUAAAAAAAUAAAAUAAGAAUAAAGGCGACUUAAUGUUCAGAGUGAUGGAUUACCUGUUCAAGUCUGUAAAUAUCUCGCUGACAUGAAUGGAAGCCAGUGGCAGUACAGGAGGUGGGGAUAAACAUUCAGAACACCCGAAACACUUCAAUAGUCGGGAGUGAUGCGUUGUAAAUUGGCUAAAACAUGCAACAACCCCCCCCCCAACACCCACCCGAAAAAAGCAAAACAAAAACAGUGUGGUCCUUUAAGUAUUCCCGUCUAUCCGUUAGUGUGGUGGUUAUUAAAUUCUUUUCAAAUGUUGUCUUUAUUGUAUAUGUAACUAGAUCAGGACAAUUUACAAAAGGCUGGUUGUCACUCGGGCGGCGCAGUGGUUAGCGCGGUCACAGCAAGAAGGUCCUCGGGUUCGAGCCCCGGGGUAGUCCAACCUUUGGGGGUCGUCCUCUGUAUGGAGUUUGCAUGUUCUCCCCUUGUCUGCGUGGGUUUCCUCCGGGUGCUCCGGUUUCCUCCCACAAGUCCAAAGACAUGCAGUUUUCAGGGAGUGAGCGUGACCAGCAUAAGCGCAUAUCUAGCCGCUCAAAUCCUGGAUUCCUUGAGAGACUCAGUGACACGGCUGGUGGAAUGGUUGUCGGCGUUGCUUUGUUCUUUCUCUCAUUUUAUAUUCUCUUCACCAAUGAGGGAAGGGCGCUGCGAACAGCAGCAUCCUUGGAUGAGGGUCUUUCUCAGGUUGUGUCCCUGGACCCAUCCUCCAGCCUAGAUUACCAGUACAACAACCACUUAGUCCACCUCUCUGCACGGCUACAUACCUCACAGCCCCUGCAUGACCCUAACUAUAGAGUUGUGGUGCAAGCAGUGAAGCUGAAAAGACAGGUGGAGAUGUAUCAGUGGGUGGAGUACCAGGAGAGCAAGGACUAUCAAGAGGGUGGUGAGACCAAAACUGAGACAACAUACACAUACAAUACUGAAUGGAAGUCCGAGUUGAUUAACAGUCGCAAUUUUGACAAAGAAAUUGGUCACACCAACCCAAGUGCCAUGGCGGUUGAGAGUGUGACAGUCGUGGCUCCAGAGGUCCACGUUGGGCCUUUCAUUCUGUCUAAAGGACUGGUGGAGCAGAUCAAUAACUUCCAAACACUGAGCCUGAAAGGCUUCCCUCCCCCAGAUUCAAGCUCAUUUCUCACUAUUGACGAAGACUAUUUCUAUCACACCCCAUACCCACGCAAACCAGAGGUGGGAGAUGUGCGUGUGAGCUUCUCCUAUGCUGGACUCAGUGGUGAAGGGUCUUAUCCUGGCCCGGCCCAAACGGUCAGUGUUGUGGCCAAGCAGAGAGGUGAGAACCUGACGCCAUUUAAGACCAAGUCAGGAGACAUUCUAGAGAUCCUCUACCCGCAAGAACUUUCUGCAGAGGAGAUGUUUGAGAAAGAGCAACAACACAAUGCAAUGAAGACGUGGGCACUUAGGGCUGCAGGCUGGGCGCUGAUGUUCCUCGGCAUUAGUUUGACCACACGUAUUGUCCACACUUUGGUGGACUGGAUCCCAAUCUUCAGAGACCUGGUUUUCUUGGGACUGAAACUUUUUGCCCUGUGUGUCUCCUGCUCGCUCUCCCUUUUCACCAUCGCAGUGGGUUGGCUCUUUUACCGCCCCUUAGUGGCGGCAGCUUUGGGGGCGAUAGCUGCACUGCCUUUGCUUAUUGCCCGCUCUCGGGUUCCAGCUAAGAAGCACCAGUGACUCUGGGCCACUGACUGGCAUCAUGGGGGUGGGGUAUCAGCAGCUCUUUUGCACAAGUUUGUCAGAAAAAGUGAAGUUUUGUCAUUACGUUGCCUUACCAAGCACUUCAUCCAUUUGAGGUUCAUCACAUUCUGUACUCAGUUUUUUACUUAUUUUAAUUGUGGUAAUUAAAGUGUAACUAUAUUUUCUUGAGUAUAACUUGGAGAUGUUCCACGGAAAUGUUUCACAAUGACAGGUGCAGUAAUACACCUGAUCAGAUACCUUGAAUGUCCUCAGAACUGAUUCAGAUGAAUGAAUGUGUAGAAAUAUUUUAGUAGAGUAACGGGUUUCGUUUAUCAUUCUCUUACUCUAUUUCUGUGUUCAAUGCAAUCAUACUAGUGCAAACUCUGCGUAUGUCAACCAUGUGGACUCCUGGGAAAUGCAUGUGUGCUUUUGCCCGACGAUCUUUAUUUUUUUUGUGGCUUUUUUUUUCUCCCCAAAUUGUAUCUGGCCAAUUACCCCACUCUUCUGAGCUGUCCCGAUCUCUGCUCCACCCCCUCUGCCGAUCCAGACUACCACAUGCCUCCUCCGAUACAUGUGGAGUCGCCAGCUUCUUCUUUUCACCUGACAGUGAGGAGUUUCGCCAGGGGGAUGUAGCGCAUGGGAGGAUCACGCUAUCCCCCCCCCCCCCCUUUGAACAGUCGCCCCGACUGACCAGAGGAGGCACCAGUGCAGUGACCAGGACACAUACCCACAUCCGGCUUCCCACCCACAGACACAGCCAAUUGUCUGUAGGGACGCCAAGCCGGAGGUAACACGGGGAUUCGGACUGGCGAUUGCCAUGUUGGUAGGCAACGGAAUAGACCACCAUGCCGCCCGAACGCCCCCUUGCAUGACAGUCUGAAGAGGCUAUAUCUUUGUGUUACUUGAGCCAAUUUCAUCAUUCUUUGCUAAGCUUUACUGUUUGCUCACUCACUGGACUGUUGUUGACCAGAACUAUGAAGUAACAGGAGCAGUCAGUUGCUUCGCACCGCUCUCGUUCAUUAUAGAAACGCACCUGAUGUGUAAAUGAAAACAGUUUAACCUGUUGUGAUGACUUUAGACCAUGUUGGCAACACGCCAGUGGAAUUAGGUUUGUUACAAAGAGCCCACAGCACUGAACCAGACAGCUUUACUUCAUGUGCAACAGCUCUUCUCAUCAGCUGUAUGGCUAUUUACAUUUUGUCACUUGAGGAACAAACUUGUGGGCUGUUUGUAAUUUAAAAAAUGUGCAAGGAUUUUUUUUUUUUACUGCAGAUUUGGAAAAAAUAUUAUUGUAUUCUGGUUUAUUAGUUGAAUAUGCUAUUAUCUUUUGGAAAAUAAAGUGUGAUGCAAAUAUGUGUUCCCAUGGCCGAGCCUGUUUUUCCCCGUUACGCCUCGUCUGGUUUCCUGUUCUUAGAAUACCUGUUAUAUCUUAAACUAGG